CUGGCAGUCUGCUCCCCUAGCCCUGCCUAUUCCUGCCCCAGGCUGUGUGUCUGUUACCUCUCCCCGAUGACGGUCAGCUGCCAGUCUCAGAACUUCUCGGCGGUGCCGGCCGGCAUUCCCUACGACAGCCAAAGAGUAUUCCUCCAAAACAACUGCAUCACAGAGCUGCGGGCGCAGUCCUUCGGCUUCCAGACACAGGUCCUGUGGCUCUACUCCAACAACAUCAGCUCCAUCAAACCCGAUUCCUUCAGCGACAUGCGAGAUCUGGAGGAGCUGGACCUGGGGGAUAACCCCUCCCUGCGCACCCUCCAUCCCGACUCCUUCCGGGGGCUGGACAAGCUGCAGAGCCUGCACAUAUACCGCUGCCAGCUGGGGACCCUGCCCGGAAACAUCUUCAAAAAACUCUACAGCCUGCAGUUCCUUUACCUGCAGGACAACCUGCUGCAACACAUUCAGGACAAUCUCUUCUCAGACCUGGUGAAUCUCACUCACCUCUUCCUCCACGGCAACCGAAUCCGAGUCCUGUCUGAAAAUGUCUUCAGAGGGCUGGUCAACCUGGACAGGCUCCUCCUCCACGAGAUCCGAGUGCGACGGGUCAACUGCAAAUCCUUCAGGGACCUGGGUCACCUCACCACCCUCUUCCUCUUCAACAACGCCCUAACAGACCUCCCUGCUUCGGCCGUCUACUAUCUCUCGUCCCUGCAGUUCCUCAGACUCAACGGAAACCCCUGGAGCUGCUCCUGCCAGGCCCGCCCUCUCUGGGAAUGGUUCCGUCAGGUCCGGAUCUCCAGCUCCGAGAUCCUCUGCGCCGGUCCCGAGGAAAGGAAAGGUCUAGAUUUGAGGUUCUUGAGAGAAAUCGAUUUCGCUCCCUGCCCCAUGAUGCCUUACUAUCCGAGAGCCCGCGUCACUUACACCUUCAGCACCAGAACGAGAUGGUGGUUCCCCAAAUCGGGCAAGGCAAGCGGGGGGAAUUCGAACAAAUCUAAAGGCUUGGAUGGAAAGAAAGGACAACAGCAAGACAACAGUUACAUCAGUCCAGAUAAAAGUCAAACCAAAAGUUACGAAGCUGAGUCCACAUUGACGAAAGUUAAAGAGCAAGACUACUGGGAGAAAUAUGAAAACGAAGACUCCACUAUUCGUUGUUACAAGACCGGUGCUCAUCCUGACUGGGCAGCUUCGUCGCGCACUGGUCGCCCUGGUGGAAACCAGCGGAGGACUCAGUUGACUGCACUGACAUGGCGACUAGGCGGGAUCGGCGCCGAGGAGAACGCUGUCGGUGCCGAACACUCGGUGCCGAGACAGUCGGUGCCGAUGGUGGGCGCGGUCGGCACGUAG